UUCAAACAGCCACGAUGCUGCCCAUCAGUUUGUCCACUGAUGAAGAUUCAAGGCCCAAGCCAUCAUAUAGGUGGCAAAGGGUCUUACUUAAGGUAAGCGGAGAAGCACUAGCUGGGGAUCACACAGAAAAUAUUGAUCCUAAGAUUACAAUGUCCAUUGCCAAGGAAGUGGCAUCUGUGAUCAGGCUUGGCAUUGAGGUUGCUAUAGUUGUUGGUGGGGGUAAUAUUUUCCGUGGAGCGUCAUGGGCUGGGUGUAGUGGCCUUGAUCGUUCCUCUGCAGACUAUAUUGGCAUGCUUGCGACAGUCAUGAAUGCAAUAUUUUUGCAAGCAACAAUGGAGAGCAUUGGUAUACCAACACGUGUCCAGACAGCAUUCCGUAUGUCAGAAGUUGCUGAGCCAUACAUAAGGAGAAGAGCAGUUAGGCAUUUGGAGAAAGGAAGAGUUGUUAUAUUUGCUGCUGGAACUGGCAAUCCUUUCUUCACAACUGAUACUGCUGCUGCUCUCCGUGGAGCUGAAAUUAAUGCGGAAGUUGUUCUUAAGGCAACAAAUGUAGAUGGAGUGUAUAAUGAAGACCCCAAAACACACCCAGAUGCUCGCCUUCUUGACACCCUAAGCUAUCAGGAUGUAACUACAAAGGAUCUCUCAGUAAUGGACAUGACUGCCAUCACACUCUGCCAAGAAAACAAUAUUCCUGUUGUGGUCUUCAACUUGAAUAAACCCGGGAACAUUGCAAAAGCAAUUGUCGGUGAGAAGGUUGGCACUUUCAUUGGUGGACCUAAAAAUGAGCGAACACUCAUCUGUAAAGUGCAGCAAGGUUGAUGUUGACGACACUGAACAUUUUUGAGGUGUAAAAGUUAUUUACCAUAGUACCAAGAGCAACUUUUAAUGAUUUUCUUAAACAUGAUUUAAAGCCCUCUUUAAUGUACAUGAUUUUUGUAGUUUUAGGUUCGGAAAAUGUUUAUUGGAAUCGGGGAAAUUUAUCACAA